GGAGGGAUUUUAAAUACAGAACAAUAAACUGUUGAUUAUCUUGACAAGGUUUAAGAGGUGCGCUUAUUUGAGUAAAACAUCUGGGACUUUCUAAACCACUGCAGGCUUUAUACUGUAAAAUAUUAAAAGAAACAUUCAAAUCUUUAAAUUUCUCAAAACUGUCUCCCAGAGGUUGAUCAAUUUUUAACAGUGAUUUUAGCCUACAAACUUCCAACAUGUGUUUUUUAUAUAUUUCUAAAAUAUAAAUCUUACCCAACACGAGUUUUGACACCAGAAAAACAAAAAGACACACUACAGGAAAGAAACAUAAACUGAAAACACACAUGACUGAACUCAUAUAAAGAUUGAAGUGUGGCUCUAUCUCUUGACCUUCAUAUUUUUUAGAAGUAGCCACAAGGCUCAACUUAACAACCUCCAAUUAUCCUCAGCCAGACUGUGAGAGAGGGAAAUAAAAUCCACAGAGAAGACACGAACAUGAGGUCAAGAGUGGAAAGAGGACUCUAAUUUAAACCGUACUGUGCCAGAAGAGAAAAGGAGAGCGGAGGAGACUUUUAUUUUCUCAUAACAAGACGGGUUUACGAUUUAACUUUUCUCUGAGUGCGUCCAGGAAAAACAUGCAAGCUCUUAUUAUUCAAGUCGACAAAGAAAGAACGGAAACAAAACUCUUUCUUUUCAAUUCUUGUACAUCAGUUUGUGGUCGGAAAUGUCAGAGUCAUAAAUCCCUCUAAGCUACUUCUUUUAUCACCUGUAAGUGAUGACAAGCAGUCUUAAGCAUGGAUCAGAUAUAACAUCUUUGUUCCAGGAGGACACAAACAACAAGCUGCUGCUUCAUGUAUUGUCCACUAGAUGUCAGUGUGGACCACGGAUUUAACUAUCAACAUGAGGAAAAACAGUGACAGAUGUCUGUUUGAGCUACAAAGCCAGAACUUUAGCUGCUAAUAUUGGGCCACGAUUUAGUAGACUAUACUCAGUUAAACACUACAAUGUGUGAGCUGAUAAAAAUGGUGGUGUUCAACAGAUUAAGAUCAGGUUUUGCAUCUCAGAAUUAAAACUGAUGACAAAACUUUAGGCAACAUGAGCUGCAGUGUUCGUAAAAAGAUCAGAUAUGUCUCAUUUAUACUUCCCAACCAGUUUGAUCAAAAUUCAUCAUUUAAAAUGCAACCAUUCUGCUUAGUUUGAUGUCAGUGAAUCAUAUCUGAUAGCUGAAGUUGUAUCUGUGUGGGUUUGUUUCUUGUUUAUGAAGAUAAUGAUACAGUUUUCCUCUAGAUGGAUCGUGUCUACUUUAUCUGAUACAAGUCGCUGAUGCUUCUUGUGUAUCGUGCGAGUCGACGGACUGAUUACAUCCCUGUCAGAUUAUGAUGUCAGUGGUCCUUGUGAGAAGAAACACUGCUGUGUGGCCUGAAAUAUGAAUAGAGCGAACUCUGCACUUCAGGAACAGAUCAAAGAGCCCUUUGGUGCUGAGCUGAAGUCGAUCUUGAGUUAAGAGUUGUGCAGGUUUGAAGAAAAGCACAGCCUCUUAUCAAAUAGUUUUGGAGACACAGAAAAGACAUUUAACCAGCUUUUUCAAAACUUUUGUUGAGGGUUUUAACGUAUCAUAUGACUGUUUGUCUGUUUUUUCAGAGCAGGGAAGGUAACGAAAAACGGCAGACAUCCUUACACGACCUCGUCUCUUCGGAACAACUUUGGCUUCUCUGGUAAGAAGUAAGGCCUUACAUUUUAUCUCUAAAACAAGAAUCUUGGGCAAAGUUUUCAUGUCUCUUACAGAAAAACACAUAAUUGUUCCUGUUAAACAUAAUGUAGCAUUGCCUCCUUAUGCAAUAUGAUCAAAACCUCCAGGUCACCAACUUAAUCGCACGAAGGUCAAACUUUAUGUCUAACCAUAAACAUUCCACCCCCUUCACAUGGCAUAUGAUGCUAAAUUUAUCCUUCUGCUUCAUAAACAAAAUGAUUAGACAGUUGCUAUGGUUUCCUUAACACUGUUAGCUUUAUACCUCCAACUUAUCUGCCUCUUGGUAAUUAAAGAUGCAAAAAUAUCAUCUUGACAGACAUGCCAAGUAGAGUUUAUACACAUGAUAAUAUGUUGUGUCUUGACCUUUUGUACAAGAAAACUUUACUUCACUUAAAGCACUUUGAAGCACUUACUUUUUCUUGUUAAGCAUCAUGGGGUAACUCUUCUUAUGAAGUGGCGCUUAAUAAAUAAAGAUUGAUUGAUUGAUUCAUAAAGCUGUCAUAAUGUAGAACCAGCAGGCAAUAACAAUAUUUACCUUACAUUAGUCUGAUCUACAAAAGUUCUCAUAUACUUGAUCUCGCUGUGUCAUGAAAACAAAGUGAGUAACUCCAACAGGGUGUAAUUACUGACCAACCAUCAGUCUCUAGUCUUGGGAAAUGAAGCUUUUGAGGAAGUGUUAAAACUGUCGUUCCUCGUGUCCUUUUGAGACUGGCUGCAAAAGUCCUGGAGGCCACUGACACAAUGACACCCAUUUAAAACAAAGCCUACCUGCCAAAACAAACACGCUAAUAGCCUUGUUAAAAAAUAUCAUCACUCAUUAGUUUUGAAGCAUUGAGGUUAUGACUUUGGCAUAAGGUGAGUCGACUGAACAGCAGGAACACAGUAGCUGUUAGGAAGGAGUUGAAUCGCCCGUCUCAACUGUCUCUUUACCUCUCAGUCUGCAUGACCUGAGCUGGCACGAAACCUUUUUCGAGGCAUUUUAACUUAAUUUGAGCCAAGAAGUGUGCUGGUAUCACUGUGGUUUUGAUGUCACACCCUUCCUCCUAACCAAAAUGCACAUUUAAAGCACUUUACUUUAACAUACUGAUUACACAUUAAAGACCUCUCAUCGAUACAGUCAUCAGAGGAACAGACUCUGGAGUUGAUUAAGCUAGGGUGCGCACAAUAAAUCUUAUGCUAGUGUUCAGUACAGUUCAGUUAGCCAUUAGAUUUUCCAGUUUUUCACUUAUUAUGUUGCGUUCAAGUUACCUCAAAAGUCAGAGGUCCAAGCUGAAACUGAUGUCACACCCAAGUUCCCAGCGUUUUAGUUACUAAGUCAGAGGCGGAAACUAGAUGAUACAUCUAUGAAAGUCAUUUUAGCGCCUGUCUUGUCCGAAUGUAAGGCAAGCGCUAUAAUAACUUUCGUAGAUGUAGCCAUCUUGUUUCAGGCCUCCGAUUUUGCUUUUUUCCGACUUGGUAACUGAAACGCUGGGAACUCGGGUGUGACGUCAUUUUCAGCUCUGACAUCUGACUACCGAGGUAACCAGCAAUUUUCACCGCAUCCAGAACAGCUACAAAAAGGUCAUAUCCACCGAUUGUAGCUGAUCGUAACCAUUCAAGUUAAUGUGUCCAUUUCCGCGGGCUUCUUUCCGUUCCGCUGCAGAUCGCCAGACUCCGCAGCUGGUCGCAAGAAUUCUGUUUUUUUUUCUGGACACCGAAGCAUGCCGGAUAAAUUCAGCACAAAGGAAGUCGGGCACAGACACAAAAUAAAAUCGCACAGCACAACUUCUUUGUAAAAUAAAACACUUUGGUUUCAGGCGGAUCACAUUUCACACAAUGCAAAUAGGUGGGGACGAACAAGUGGAAGGUUUAUGGACAGCAUUUCAUUCUGAUGACACCAUUGAUGAGAGAACGCUGAUUUUAAAGGUCUAAAAGUAGAUUUCCUCCUCUGAAAGGACACAAUCUACUGCUUAUAUGGUUAGCCUAUGUGGCUUAAGACAACUUGUUAUUUCGUGAUUGCAAGUGAAUCCAUGGGUUCUCGUGAGUUCUCACGAUUCCUGCUGUCCGUAUGCGCCAAGAAAUUCGUCUCACAAAUGGAUCUGGUAGGAAUUGGUGAAAAUCGGCGGUUGCAGUGGAAAUACUGGGUAACUUAAACGCCGCAUUACAGGGUAGGCGACCUUUAUGAGGUUUGCCUUUGGAUGUUUUGGUGUCACUGUUGGGAAGCUGUUGUUCCAUCCACUAAUACAGUAAUGUUUUGACAGAAUGAAAAUAGGCAUGUUCACAUAAAUGCUGCAUAGAGCCAGUGUUUAUUUUUGUCUGUACAGUUUUUCUCUUAAGGAAUCCAGUGCCAGAGAAAAAGUGAAUGUUCUCUUGAUUCGGUCAAAAGGGAAAAUAUUGGGAUUUAAGAUUAUAGUUGCUAGAGCUUGGCUUGUGUUUAUUAGCUAAAGAGUUAUUUAGGCUAUUAAAUUAAAAACUUCUCAGAGGAUCCUUGGUAACAGAGCAAAAAGGGUUAAACUUGCAUCCAUUAAUGGCAGGCUAUCAUCAUGUUUGAAAUGUAAGUCUUCAUUGGCUCACACUGAACACUGAAGGCAGCGUUUUUUACUCUAGGCUUUCCAGUGAACAGUUAAUGUCUCUGUGUGCUGGCCGUCCUUUUUUUCUCCUCCCACACAGACAAACCAAUACAAACAUUUCUGUACAGUGAGGAGUACCAGUUAGGCGCCUACAGGGAUACAAGACGGACUUACAGUAUUUAAAACAGAAACAUGGCACAGACCUACAGCCAGAGUUUCCCUGAGAUAGUGGAGCUGAACGUGGGUGGCCAGGUGUAUGUGACCCGACUUGAGACUCUCACAGCGGUCCCAAACUCUCUCCUGUGGACAAAGUUCACCCAGAGCUCCUCGGGCGAUUUGCCAAAAGACAGUAAGGGCCGUUUCUUCUUCGACCGGGACGGCUUUCUCUUCCGCUACAUCUUGGACUACUUGCGAGACUCGGAGCUUUUCCUGCCCGAGUUUUUCAAGGAAAAGAGGAGGCUGCAGAAGGAAGCAGACUACUACAGGCUGCCGGGGCUUUCGAGGCUCCUCGCAGUAGACAGCAAAGACAGCUCGGAGGACAGCGGGGAGCCGGAGGAGGCUGAGCUGCUGUCUAGCCCGGUCACCUCCUCCUCGUCCUCGGAUCGAACACCGCGCUCCCCGGGGUCGGCGGCCAACUCGGGCUUCAUCACCAUCGGGUACAGAGGCAGCUACACUAUCGGGAGGGACAUCCAGGCAGACGCUAAAUUCCGCAGGGUGGCAAGAAUAACCGUCUGCAGUAAGAUAUCUCUGGCUAAAGAGGUGUUUGGAGACACCCUGAACGAGAGUCGUGACCCGGACCGUCCUCCUGAUAAAUACACCGCCAGGUACUACCUCAAGUAUAACUUUCUGGAGCAGGCGUUUGACCGACUGGCGGACGCUGGUUUCCAUAUGGUGGCCUGUAACUCCACUGGGACCUGCUCGUACGGCAGUAACGACCCAGGGGAGGACAAACUAUGGACCAGCUACACCGAGUAUGUCUUCUGCCGAUGAACUGGACUGAAAACAUCAAGAGUGCUUUCAUGUUAACCACUCAUUUUAACUAAGUUAGCAGUUAUAACAACCUGUACACUGAUAAACAUGACCUGCCAGUUUGUAGUUUAAGUUUUCUUUUUAUUCUUUUAUUUUUAUUCUGCUCAGCAUGAAAGAAGCCAGACUUUAACUUGCUUGCUAUGUUUCCCUCAAAUUCACCGUGAGAAAGACUUCCUUCAAACCCCAGACUGCAAUCUGAUUGGUUAGACAAAAGUACUGUUUGAUGCUUAGGUGCCAAACUAUGUGAGGCAUUUUACUGUGGCCCUUUACUGCCUCCAUAAACACAGUAAAAGACACGGAUAAUUUAUCAAUGUCAUUUAAGCUGGUUUCUUUUUUUAUGUGUUGUUCUUGCAUUUUGUUUUCAUAGCACAAAGUUGGGUAUUUUGAACACAUUAACUUGGACAUGUGUACUGUAAAUAGUCUAAUGAUAGGUCUGGCUUUGACCCGUAUACUCCUUUAAAGUACUCUGGGGAUUAAUGGAUAAUAAAGGCAGUAAGUUGCUUCUUUGGGUAAUUCCUGUAAAGGUCUGUUUGUUUAAUCUGAUUAAUGGAUCACACAUGAAGUGUCACUGCUUUUACAAUUACACAUUUGGACUUUUUUGAAUGCAAUGUGUGUCUUUUGUGACCUCUUUGUGGCUGUUUUCCCUGUAAAGCUGCAGCAAAUAAAGUGUGACGUUGACUAACACUAUACACCUCA